ACGCAUUAAACAGCAAAAGACUAACGCGACGAGAGGUAAAGUAUGUGGUGAGCAGGAUGUUGGAGGCAUCGGCUUUACUUCACGGAGAUGGGUUCGUUCAUACUAUAACAUGUACAUUUCCUUCGCCAUACUACAUCUACUACAUAAUACAAAUAGCUAAACAGACUGAUAUCGAUAUCAAACCAAGCAAUAUCCUCAUAAACUCCACACCAACCCAACACCAAUACCAACCACAACAAUGAAAUCCGCUUCACCGACCUUCACUUCGCCAACUUCAGCAGCACCGUUCCCGAAAAACCCCCUCUACGCCCAACAGGGAGACGAGGUUGGGACGCCAAUCUUCAGGAGCCCAGAAGCAAUGCGGAAUAGUCCGCCGGAGACACUGAGACCGUUUCAUCUUAUGAGGGAGAGGGGGA